CAGGGUCUGGAAUUGGGGUUAUAUCAAGAUACUAGAAGGACGGAGUCCAAUAAUGUUGGCUCGUGCAAGGAUUAAUUAUUUCGAUAUCCAUGAUUGCCUGCCUUAUCUGAGGAUAAGGACGCCCUUCUGCCCACUAAUUAUGCGUAGGUCAGGAAGAUUUAUUGAGGUUCCUGACAACGACAACGCAAAGGCGGAUUACGUGUUUCUAAGCCGAAGGACUGCCUUCAGUUCUAGUGAAAUCAAGAAUUGUGAUUGUAAAAAAGGAUCCGAUGAAAAUAGGUAGCAAAAUAUGUUUGUAGGUUUCACAGUGGCGCUAUUCUACUGUUUUCUGAACGCAGAGGUGCAAAAUACGGUGAGGCACCAUUUUGAAACUUGGAAGACUCGAAGAACGUUAGGAUCAAGGAGUCUCAGAUGUGGAAGCAGAAGUAAAGACUGGUCGCCUAGGUCAAGGACUGAAAGUAUACGAUUGUACAGUCAGCCCACCAACAUCUACCGUAAGAGGGAGUCGUGCACAUCCGAAGUCACCACAACAACUUUGAUAGCGGUCAAUGGGGGCAAUAUCAGGCCAGUGAAUGGUACACCGAAGGUCAAAAGUCCAUUUUUGCAUCCGCCAAAACCUAACUAUGGAGGAAACGUAUUGUAGGACGAUCAUAAAGGACUGCUAAAGUAAAAAUCUGUUUAGUCAGCGGAAAGCUAUCAAGUUAAAAGACUCGUUAGACAAGUCAGAUUAUAGCCUCGUCCGGCUGAAGUGUGAGACUGUACGAAAAUCCCGCUUUUUCUCGGUUAUCGGUUGAAUCCCGUUAAUACAGACACAGCUUGUUUUAUUCCAUUUUAAUGUUGACCCAUCCCGAGACGUUCUACGUAUUUUUUAGCAUUGAAAAUGAGCAUUUUCAAGAUUUUUUCCGACUUCUCAUCGGUUAUAACCCGAAAACGCUCAGCUUUAGAGAAGAGUUCUUAAAUGUAUUUUUUGUUCAGAAUGGAGCAGAAAAACAAUUCUUCAAAGUUUGCUAAAAAAAAUGAGACACCGGGAUACAGCCUGGCAACCUCCUAAUACAUAUUAAGGGGCAUCCAACAAGCAUGAUUUAAAAAAACAGUUGUAAAACUUCUCCCUCGAAUAUAAAGUUAUCGCCACGUCUAACAGUAGAUGAAAAAACAUACAAUGUUCUUAAAACAACUAAGUUGUCUGCACAAUCUUAAAUAUAUUUUGAAACCUCACUAUAAUCCCGUUCCAACAGAGAAAACGGUAAUACACUCAACUGUUCACUCAAUACUCAAAUGUAAACUUGAAGUUAACUUCCGUAAACCAUUAUUUUUGAGGAUAUCCAGGUUAGGCAAGAUGCUACAUCGUAAAGUUUAGUAGCAAUAACAGUGCAGUUUUAUGGUUAUCCAAAAGUUAUUACAACGCUCAAGACCCACGACGGACGGCAGUUGAUUUUUUGUGAAAAUGAUGAAAAAUCAAACGGAAAAUAAAGACGCGAAUUCCUGAUAACAUUAGUAAAACAUUUUAUAAUGUAUGAGAGCCGAUAUGUAGGUAUGUACGAGGGAUGUCUCUUAAGUUUUGCUUAUAGAAACAUAGUAGGCCGCGCGGAUCGAACGUCAGUACUGAAUCUUAACCUCACUCUUUAGUAAACUUAAAUUCAAAGUAGCACAACAAUACGUGCAGUGAAUUUUUAAGUGUCACCAAGUCAUUAGAAAAAUCGAACUCAACCGAGAACAUUUUCGAGCCAUAAUUUAUUACAACUAUCAAAGACAAUUGUCGCAACAAGAAUGCCUUGCUGGGUUACUGUCUGUUUCCGGCAACGAAGCGCCACAUCAGUCGACAAUUUCCCGUUGGUAUGGAGAAUUCAAACGAGGACGGGUGAGUCUUAGCGACGAUCCCAGGGUGGGUGCACCAAAAACGGCAGUCACCCAGGAAAACGUCGAUGCUGUGCGCAAACUCAUCAUUGAAGAUAGACAUGUGACAUAUCGCGAGAUUGAGGCGUCCUUGAAGAUCUCAAAGAGCUCAAAUCAAAAAAUUUUACAUCAAGAAUUAGGAGUAAGAAAAUUAGUUUCUAGUUGGAUACCCCACCUGUUGACUGAAAAGCAGAAAGCAGCCAGGGUUAAUUGGUGUCAACAAACGCUUGACCGUUUCAAUUCCGGAAACUCAAGAAAUGUGUACUGCAUUGUUAGUGGUGAUGAAUCGUGGAUUUACUGUUAUGAACCAGAAAAUAAACGACAGUUGGCUGUUUGGGUGUUCCAAGGUGAAGAAAAGCCAACAGAAGUCAUCCGUUCUCGAAGUGUUUCGAAAAAGAUGGUCGCGACAUUUGUGUCAAAAGCGGGUCGUAUUGCAGAAUUUCUCUUAAGGAGCAAAGAACUGUUACUGCGGAUUGGUAUACCACCAUUUGUUUGCCAAAAGUCAUCACCGAGCUUCGAAAAAUCAACCCCUAAAGAAGAAUCAUCCUCCACCAAGACAAUGCAAGCUCGCACACAGCCCAAAAAACAAGCCAGUAAUUAACGGAAGAAAACGUGGAAUUAUUGGACCAUCCUCCAUAUAGUCCUGAUCUAAGUCCUAACGAUUUCUUUACUUUCCCGAAAAUUAAAAACACACUGCGUGGUCAAAGGUUCCCGUCACCAGAAGAAGCAGUUGACGCAUUCAAAAAUGCCGUUUUGAAUCUGCCAGCAAACGAGUGGAAUAAGUGCUUCGAAAAUUGGUUCGAGCGCAUGCAGAUGUGUAUUAAUGUUCUUGGAGAAUACUUCGAAAAACAAUAAAGUCAUUUAAAACUACCUACCAUGCUGUUUUAUUUCCAUAUGCAAAACUUAAAAGACAUCCCUCGUAUCGUACCAGAUAAUACUGUUUUUUUAUUUUGAUUCGGGCAUAGGCUGAGGGGAAAAGUCUGCAAACAUCCAAAAAGCAUCAAAUUUGUUGUAACCGAUUUUUCAUCCAAGUUAUGCAAAUUAUGGAAAGGCUGUAAUUUGGUUAGAUGUUAAAAUUGACUGACUUUACAGUAAUGAAAGAAAAAUAUUAAUAUCAGUAUGUUUCAAUCAUGACCCCUACAAUUUUAAAUAUCAUACAUUUUGGAUGUGAUAAUUGGGCAAGAAUGAUGUAAAUGUGCCAUAUUUAUCGCUUUGAAUGAGUAAAUCAAUAAAGAGCACCAAAAGACCAUGUAUGUCUGUAUUUUUUGUAAAUGUAAAUAAUAAACAUUUCUUGUUGGCAGACAUUAUAUUGAACAGUUCGCUCUCUGGAAAACACUGGUAUGAUGUUCAGUCGUAUUUAAUACCAAAUAAUUUGGACAAAUUAUUAUGAGUCAAUUUUGUAUGCUCUGGUGUCUUUAUUGUUUGCCGGAUAUAAAAAUCAUUGUACCCCAGCAUAAGGCCGUAGAGUAGAUUAAAUAUCGGUAACUAUUUCCGUCGUCUUAAUUUCUACCAAUCACAAACGCGCAAUUUUGAAUUACAAAUGGUUUCUAGAUGUCAGCAGUUUUUUCGAGUUUACCCGCGGCAAAACUUGACUGCUGUUGUUACCACAAAUUACAAUACCUUUGAUAACAAGUAAUUAUGGUCUCCUAGGACACCAGAAAACGGCUCUAAACAAUUUUUCUGAUCUUAUUGUCAAUAAGUUUUGCAAUAUUGUUUUUAAACAGUGUUAGUCAGCUUAUGUAGUAAGUGAUUCUUUGACUAAUAUUGAUCUGACGAUUGAGAAAAGUGUGCCGUACAAUACCGUUAAAGCAGGAUCAGCGAGCAAGCUUAUUGGUCCUGAGCCAGCCCUAGGGGUGCGAGCGCACAGAGUCAGGAUGAAAAUGGAGAAGCGGAUUGCUAGACAACACUCUCAGAAAUGAAGCAGCAUCUCCAUCAGGCACGGGAACUCAUCGUAGGGCCACACUGUUAGGGAUGGACUCUUUUGCUUAAUCUUUGGAUAGAUACAACCUCAAGUUAUUGGUGGGACUGUUGUCGGGCCAUAGCACAUUGACGCGCUACCUGUAUGUGAUGGGGGUGGUGGCUGAGGAUCCUAUAUGCGAGCGCUGCGGGAUAGAGGAAGAGUCCGCGGCACAUACUCUGUGUCGCAGUGAGACUGUGAGCUGCUACAAUCAGACUAUACUGGGGUCCAUCACUGUGGAUCUCCAGAAUGUUAAGAAGCUGAGACUUAGGGCUAUACCCAACUUUGCUAGAAGGGCGAAGCUUGAGGCAUAAGGAAUAUAGUAGUGCAUACGGGAGCGUUUAUACGAUCUAUGUGCCGGCUCCCCACGGUGGCCGGUAUGGCGCUAAUUUCGUUAUUUAUUCAUUCAAUGUUGUCACCCUAUCUGAUAAUUUAUAUUCAAUAAAAUAUAUUGCUCUGGUAGUCACAAUAUUGUUACGUCGUCGAGGCAUCGUUGACCUUUUCUCAGCUGUAGAGAUAAAUUCGUCGCCUGGGUCGUGAGAGCAAUAUAAUUGCUCACUUUAUAUACAAAAUAUUAAAUUUCCAGCAGUCUUAAGGGUAAAUAUACUGCGUAAUACGUGUGAAAUAUGUCUUAAUAGGCGCGUCGAAUUACUGGGGUUAAAAGAUUAUAAAUAUACUGUCAAAAAAUUGCAAUACACCCCUCAUAACAACCCCCAUCGGCCAAUUUUUACCCCUAAAGAGUUGUUAAAAUUUUUUUAGUAUACUCUGAAACGUUAAAACACGAAGUUUCCUUGGCAUGGUGGUAACCUUGUGUGAAAAUUUCAUCAAAAUCCGGGCGGUAAUUUCCAAGACCAAGGAUUAGCAGACAUAUCGACAGACAGACCGACGGAUAUGAGUGAUAUGAUUUUCCGUGAUGUAUAUGCCAAAUAACAUCCAAAAAACAUAAUGUCUCCUUUUCAAAAUAUUUCGCGAUUAUAACACUUCCUGGCCACCAGACGUGCAAAGUAAAAGGGAUCUGAAAGAUACCAGUGCCAUCUAGGAGACAGCAGCGUACAAAAAUAAAUUUAGAAAUAUACUUUGAAGAAGCUGGAAUGUUUGGUUUGGCUACGGUCUCAUACAUGACACUAGGAACUUCAAUCACUUUUUGACAGGCAGUGAUGAACGUAUUUUACCUAAAUUUACCAUAUCCUUUCUAAUUUGUAACUGUAACUUUAAAUCGAUUAUCCUGUGUGGAAACUUAAAGAAUAUGAUUAAAAAUACUAAUUCGAAUGGUAUUAAAACUUUUAUGAUGAAGCGUUAAUGGUCGGGACAAAAUCAAACCAUCGAGCGCCAUCAUUUUAUGUUUCUGUCGAUUGUGGAUUUUAUGUAACAGCCGCUGUGUGGGCAACGAAAAAAAUACGACUCAUGAUUAAUAUUGUCGUAAACAGGAUUUUAUAGCCACUAUGCCACUGAACCGUAUUGAAUUUCGAUCUACGGUGUACAACUAUCUGAUUUGAUUGAAAUUCUCUGGAGCAAGACUUAUGAGCAAACUAGGUUGAGACGAGACGUAUUUACAAUAAAACAGCAAACCUAGUCUUGUGCUGAUUUCAGUAAGUAAUUUUAAUAUAGUCUGAAACCCGAUGCACAAUGUCGGUUGUGGUUCCUGUUUACAUGUAUGUUUUCGAAAGUAAUUACACAAGAGCAUCAAAAUUACCGAUAAUCUUUCAUGAAAGCGUGUUGUCUAAAAACUGCACGAGUUUAUUUUCAUAUUCAUUUCAAUAAAAUAUGAAAAUAACCGGAUGUGGUUUUUUACUGACAAUAUGCUUCAAUGGAAAAUUACUAGGUUUAUUCUGAUGCACAAGUAUAAUUUGGUAAAAUAUUUCCCAAGUUUCCUAUAUUUAUGCAUAUCAAGAUGACACAAUUGAUCAAUCAUAACGGACCUAUAUAAUACGGACCUAUAGGGAAAUUUUCGAUACCUACUGGGCAAUUUUCAUAAAUAAUAUCAUAAGGGCAUCAAAUUUUUCCAAAAAAAAAAAAAAAAAAAAAAAAACACGUUGCCAAGUAAUAUUUUAACAAGAAGCAUGAGUGCUGGAGACAACAAUAAUCGAAGUCGAAGACGAGGAUUUUUGCUCCUGCACGAAUGUUUUUUGUCAAAAAAAAUAUUACCUUGCAUUGUAUUUUUUCUAUUUUUUCACACGAAAAAAAUUAGAUACUCCAAUGGUAUUUGUCAAGAGUAUUUCAUGAGUAACAGAUUAUUCUGCAUACACAUAGCUUAAAAAAUUUAUUGACAAUAGAAUCAGAAACAUUGUUCAGCGUCGUUUUCUGGUGUCCUAAGAGACCAUAACUACUUGUUAUCAAAGAUAUUGUAAUUUUUGGUGACAACAGGUGACAAGUUUGUAAAGUCGAAAAAACUGCUGACAGGUGCUGUCACAAUUUUUCCAUCUAGAAACCAUUUGUAAUUCAAAAUUGCGCGUUUGUGAUUGGUAGAAAUUCAGACGAGGGAAAUAGUCACUGAAAAUGUUCCGUUGUCUAGUUAAUGGCAAAUUUUUGCAUUACUUUUGCGAUAAUUCCACACCUCUUAUGGCAUUUUUUAUAAAUGAGGGAAAUAUUAUCCAAUAGCUCCCAAAAUAUACUUUGAAUCUUGUAAAUGAUUAAGUUUAAUUACAUCCUCAAACGCUUUAAAAUAUCAACCAGCCUGAUACAAAUAGUCCAAUGUAAUUUCUGCAACAGUGGGUGUAUUUUUGUCAUCGCGUAUGUGUUAUUUGUAUGACUCUAGGAGAAUACUACAGAUAUAAUAUUCAAAUGUUAUUAAAAAAGACUAUGUACAUGACGUAUUUAAUUUUUGCAUUCCAAAUAAAUAUGAAUUAAAUACAUGUAUAUGAUAUUAACCGUGUUUCAAAUAAAUGUUAACACAAGACUUGUAACUAGUAAUCGACAUCACUUGUAAUAAUGCCAUACACUAAACAGGGUGUAACUAUUAUAUUUCUUGUAUUUGUAAUGUAAUUUUCAUUAUGGAUAAAUACGUUUGUACAUAAUGUUUAAGCUGUAUAGACUUAACUCUCUCUGUUUUGUAUUUAUUUUGUUG